AUGUUAUGGAAAAUAUCCGGAAUGGCAGACGCGCCCUCUACUGCGCCUAAGGCGAAGACGCCUAAAACAAAAGCGCCAAAAGAGAAGGCACCAAAGGAUGCCCCUGCGGCUCCCGCAGAACCCGCAAAAGCAGUGCGUAAGAGCUCUAAGCCCCGUCAUGGUAGACUGUAUGCUAAAGCAGUGUUCACAGGAUACAAACGUGGUCUUCGCAAUCAACACGAAAACACCGCUCUGCUAAAGCUUGAAGGGGCUAGAUCACGGCAAGAUGCUAUGUUCUAUGCUGGCAAGAAAUGUGUUUAUGUCUACCGGGCUAAGAAAAGGACACCUAUUGCUGGAGGACCCCGUGGUAUCAAGACCAAGCUACGCGCAAUUUGGGGUAAAGUGACCCGUCCUCAUGGUAACUCUGGAAGUGUGCGUGCUCACUUUAAGUCAAACCUUCCAGCACAAGCUAUGGGACACAGAAUACGAGUGAUGUUGUAUCCUUCAAGGAUUUAA